AUGGUCGCCAACGACGAAGAGGGCAAUAGGCAAAGUCCUGAUGAUUCUCAACGGGUAAUUGCAGAUAACGGUUCAAAUACCAACGAGAAUCAUGAGGGUAAUAUUCAUAUUGAUCAGAGUCGUUGGUGGUUUCUCUCGACGACCUUCCCUAUGAUUGCCGGUACUUUGGGUCCCGUUGCUUCUGCAUUCAGUAUCUGUUCCAUGGUUGAGCCAUGGAGACAAGAGCUUAUCCCUGGGGAGAAUGUUCAAGACGCUCCCUCUCUUACAUAUAGGUUGUUGAUUACCGAGGCCAUCCAGCUUCUCGUCGGCGUUAUCUCGAACCUGUUCCUUGUGCUUAGUAUGGCGAAAAGGGUUCGCUUCAAUCUGGCCUUGCCUGUCACAAUAUUUGGAUGGUACGCCUCUUCUAUUUGCCGUAUCACUUUAACUGUCCUUAUCGCGAGGCCUUUCAAAGACCUUGAAUUGUCUGAAGAUACUGUAGUAUGGUCACAAUCUUUCUAUUAUGGGAUGUGGGCGGCCAUACUCUACUUCGUGGAUGCCUCGCUUCUUGCCAUUACCUUUUGGGGAGCAUGCGCUGCUCACUAUCGGAAAACCUUGUUGCUAAGCACUAGUGAACGCACCUUAAUGCUGCAGAGUAUCAUGCUGCUUAUAUAUCACCUUCUUGGCGCUUAUUUAUUUUCCGAAAUCGAGUCAUGGGACUACCUCGAUGCUGUGUACUGGGCUGUUGUCACCCUCUUUACUGUGGGCUUCGGAGAUUUUCACCCUACGACGGACCUUGGAAGGGCUCUCCUGAUACCGUUCGCGCUGGCUGGCAUUGUAUCUCUGGGUUUGGUGAUCAGCUCAGUAACAAACCUAAUUAUUGAAACCGGAAGCCAAUGUGUCACGGCCAGGAUCGGCAAAAGGAGGCGGGAAAGGACCAUCAAGAAGAUGCUUCUCAGGGGUGGCAGCGAUGCCCUUGAACCCAUCCGUGAUGAGCUUCAGAUACCCGUCACAGGACCGGAUGCAUCACGCCGAAGCGAGUUCGAACGCCGCAAAGCUGAAUUUCUUCUGAUGCGCACAAUCCAGAAAGAGUCUUCCACCCGCAGAAGAUGGGUAGCCAUGGCUAUUUCCACAUUCUCAUGGCUUAUCUUGUGGUUCUUAGGCGCCUACGUCUUCCAAAAGGCCGAGGAGGCAUACCAAAGCUGGUCGUACUUUGACGCAUUCUACUUUUGCUUCGAAGCCUGGACGACCAUAGGAUAUGGCGAUCUAGCUCCAGUUUCUAACGCGGGUAGAUCGUUCUAUUUCUUUUGGUCUCUCUUGGCCCUGCCGAUCAUGACGGUGCUUAUCUCAAACGCAAGUAAUACCGUGGUUAGGGUUGUUCGAGACAUUACGAUAUUAGCGGGAAACAUCACUAUAUUGCCAAACGAUAGAGCCUUCCUUCGAAACGUGAAGUGCCUGAUCAGCAAAAUCACAUUUGGUAGAUUCUUCCCCGACCCGGAACCUGACCCUUCCGUCUCGGUGGCAUGUGCCAAGGAUACUCACGAAGGAUCGAUAAGGAACAUGACAGAGUUUCGUGACAGUUAUCACCAUGAUGAUAGCAGAGGCCUGGCCACUACGUCUUUUACCGCAGGCCUGGUUUCCCCCUUCACCGGACCACGGAACACUGACAUUCCCUCGCGCUCUACUACUAAUGCAGACAAUGGUGUCCGAGAGUUUGCUACUGGGAUCGACCUCCAACUACUGCUCACUUCCGAGAUUCAGACCGUUACAAAUCACAUUCAAGAGUCUGAGCCACACCAUUACACAUUCGAUCAAUGGGUAUGGUACCUCAAACUCCUUGGUGAGGACGAACACAGCCCACAGACGCACUGUAGAGUGAACCUUGCAAAUGAUCAACCCAGUAUCAGUCAGGACGUUUCAAGCAGUGACCUGAAGUGGUCUUGGAUAGGAACACAAAGCCUUCUAUUGAGUGGCCAGCAGGAAAGUGAAUGGAUCUUGAACAGGCUGAUAAAUAGGUUGCGAGAGUCUUUGUUACUUGCAAAAAGACUGCAGCCUUUGGAUGACAAAACCGUACCAGAGGGCACAGCUGGAGCGACCUUUGAGGAGAAAUAG